AUGGCCUUUCUUGGCAUCUGGGGAUGUUUUGUCUUCCUUUUCUGUUUGAAUCUUGGGUUAGCAAGCGGGAAAACAUCCAGCGAUCCACCAACGGCGACCCUAAGUAACGGAGAGGAAGAUAGGUCCACCAUCUUUGUUGGUCGUUCUCUUCUCGAAUUUGAUCAAGAUGUGUUUUUAGGCAUCAAGUUUGCUGAUGAGCCUGCCCGCUUUACCCCUGCCCAACUCAAAUCAAGCUACGCGUCUAAUGAUAGUGAUUCUGGGAGCUACGAUCUUUCUGUGACAAAUCUUCAGCCUCAGUCUGACGUUACUUACUACAAUGCAACUGAAUAUGGCUAUGAUUGUCCUGGUUAUGGCUCAGACACGACUGAGCUCGUUGAUCUGGGCUUCGUUCGUCUGAACGAAAAUUGUCUCAAUCUCAACGUGAUAAGGCCUCAAACUGAUACGGAUGAGCUACUCCCAGUCUUGAUUUGGAUAUAUGGGGGUGGAUGGUCCGAGGGUUCGACUGCAGAUCCAAGAUACAAUAUGAGUUAUAUCAUCCAGCAGAGUGCGGAGAACAAUAAGCCUGUGCUUGGGGUCUCCAUCAACUACAGAUUGGCUGCUUUUGGGUUUUUAGAUUCGAAAGAAGUGCGGGCUGAGGGAAACACCAAUCUUGCGCUUCGGGAUCAGCGAGUUGCGAUGCAUUGGGUCAAACAAAAUAUCGAAGCAUUUUGUGGAGAUCCCGAAAAGAUCACUAUAUGGGGUGAAUCUGCAGGCGCCUACAGUGUUGGAGAUCAUCUGGUAACAAAUGGAGGAGAUAAUGAAGGUCUCUUCAGGGCCGCCAUUAUGGACUCAGGUAAUGCUGUUGGUCCUCCAUAUAACGGAACCGAAUGGCAUCAGCCGAUGUACGACGGAAUUGUUGAGAGAGCAGGGUGCUCAAAUGCAACAAACACUCUACAAUGCCUUCGCGACCUCCCUUACGAGGAAUUUUAUGAUGUUGCUUAUGUUGGACUCGAGUGGUUCGCAACCAUUGAUAACAUUUUCAUCUCAGAGUAUCCACAAAUCAGCUAUCGCGAAGGCAGGCUCGCUAAAGUUCCUAUCCUAUUAGGCACAAAUACAGAUGAAGGCACUAGCUUUGGCACAACAGGAGUCAAUACAGAUGAGGAAGCGAUUGCACAAUUGACCACAUCGAAGCGUUGGGUUCUCUCAACUGAUGAAGCCACACGCAUUCUGAAUCUCUACCCUAAUAUCUCGGCAAUCGGAUGUCCUUACGGAUGGGGCAAUGCUACAUGGCCAGCCUUGGGUUAUGAGUACAAACGAUACGAGUCCAUAGCUGGAGAUUUAUGCAUGGUAGCGCCACGUCGAAUGCUGGCACAUACAAUGGCUAGUUUCGACAAAACUGUCUUCUCAUACCGGUGGGAUGUGGCUGCUUUCAAUGAUUCAACAUUAAUUGGCGUACAACAUUUCGCAGAGAUUCCAUUCGUCUUUGCCAAUUCAGUACAGAACAUUACGACUCUCGAGGCAUCCUUACCUGGCAGGUUAGCUCUUGGACAAAUGGCGGCUCGUAUGUGGACUUCAUUUGCCGCAGAAUUGAAUCCGAAUGGACAUGGAAGAAAUCGGUUAGAUUAUCUAGAGGGUACUAACACGACUACAGUUCCAAAUAUUCCACAGUGGCCUAAUUUCUCGCGCAAUGCAUCCAACUUCGUGUUCCGACUUCCUCGAAAUGAAAGUUAUAUCGAACUUGACGAUUAUCGCACUGCAGGAAUGGACUACAUCAACAGCAUUGCACGGUAA